AUGGCAGAAAAAAGAAAGAAUACCGAUAAGAGAGACUUUUGCCAAGAAGCAGAAGGCUAUUUGCAUGAUGUGGAAGAAGUUAAACAAUCUACAAAAAAUCAGUCCAAAUAUUUCUGCUGCAAAUUUCAAAAAGAAUCAAGUGUUCACAAAGUGGUGUGCUUCUCCCCUAAUAAGUUUGCCGAUUUUCAAAAUGCGGAAAAAUUAUGUAGUCCAGUGAAAUUAUCUCAAAUCAAAUAUUCCCCUGGAAAAAGAAAUAUUGACAUACUUGUCAAUCAAAAUUCAGACAUAACAAUUGUUCCAACAAAACUUCCUUUCAAGAGAAGGCUUUUGACAAAGACAACUGAUGUUGCAGAAGCUAUCUCAAUUACCAAAAUACUUGAAGACCCUAACGUUAACAUGCAUGCAACUUAUAAUAUUAAGGCGAAUGUCCUUCAGUUGCAAGAUGAAUCAACUGUUGUAAUCUAUGGAGCGAAGAAAAGAACAAAAGAAAUAAUUGUUCAUGAUGGAACUGCACACAUUUGUAUUUCUUUAUUUGAACACUUAAUUGAUGAAGUUGACGUUAACAAAAGUUAUGAAUUCUUAAAUGUGGGUAUUAGAAAUUACUUAGAUAAAAAAUCAAUAACAACAAAACUUAAUACUUGUAUUGCUGAACUGACUGAACCAAUAGAAGUUCCAAAAGAAUUUAAACUAAAUUUGAAUAACAUGCGUGAAGGAACUGUUAAUUCAGCGUCUAUUCAAAGUGACAUUAUAUGUCCUAACUGCAAAAGAAGAGAUCCCAAUUUUGACCAUGUCAUGGAUGAUCCAACAGUUAAAGUAAUAAAAUGUUCUAACAAAUUAUGUCUGAUGACCUCAAGAAAAAAAAGUUUUAAACAUGUUGUCAACGGGUCAUUGGUAUUGGAAUUUAAUGACACUAUUGGUACAUAUUCUCUAAACAAUGACGUGGCUACAUGUUUUGUCGAAGAAAUAAACCAACCCAAUUUAAUUGCAGAUAGUUCUGCUUUUGAAAAUUAUUUACUGGAUGAUAAAAAUCGAUUUUUGUUUAGCAUGAAUGCCAGACACAUUACCAAAAUACAACUAAAUAAGUCAUAA